GUUAUAAAUGUCACUGUCAAAUGAAGCUUCGAUAAAGUUAUCUUGCGAAAACUAACUAUUUUUGAUGUGCUCUACCGAUUUAACGAAAUUUAAAGAAAAAUGUUUGCAAAAACUUUGAUAUUUACUGUUUUAGCACUAUUAAUUGAUGGAAUAAUUUCGAAAAGUGUAGAGCUAACUUUCGAAUUACCUGAUAGCGCCGAAGAAUGUUUCUAUCAAGAAAUAGAGAAAAAUACCUCAGCUUCCCUAGAAUAUCAGGUUAUCACAGGAGGUCAGUACGAUGUAGAUGUAAAAGUUGAGGGUCCCAACAAGCAAAUUAUUUAUCAACAACAGAAGAUGCAAUAUGAUUCACACCAAUUUACUGCACAACAUACAGGUGUAUACAAGGUGUGCUUCAGUAAUGAGUUUAGUACAUUUUCACACAAACUUGUAUAUAUGGAGCUAAAUGUUGGACCUGAAACACCACUGCCAGGAGUUGGUGAUCAUGCAACUGUACUUACACAGCUUGAGGCAUCAGCGGAAGAAAUCCAUUCAGCUUUAAAUAGAAUUAUCGAUCACCAAACCCACCAUAGGUUAAGAGAAGCCCAGGGUCGCAAGAGAGCUGAAGACCUAAAUGAAAGAGUUUUCUGGUGGUCUAUCGGUGAAACAGUAGCUAUUGUCUGUGUCACAUUUGGACAAGUCAUGAUUCUAAAGAAUUUCUUUAGCGAUAGACCUACUUUAUAUAAAUGAUUAUUGAAAUAGUGUAAUAGCAUAUUUAUUAAUAUAUUUCUUGUGUUAAUUCAC